AUGAUGUGGGACUUCAGAAACGAGUGACCACUGCUUAAUUUUCUCGUGUUGCUCUGGUGUCAUUUAUCUUUCUUUUUCUCUUCCUUCCUCGGCUGUGUCGUGUUCUGUUGAGAUGGAGCUUGAUCUUUCUCCUCAAUUGGCCAAGAAGGUGUACGAGAGCAAUGGUGGAUCUUACUAUGCAUGGUCUCCUUCUGAGCUUCCCAUGUUGCGUGAAGGAAACAUUGCUGCUGCGAAACUAGCUCUUCAGAAGAAUGGUUUUGCCCUUCCUCAGUACUCUGACUCUUCCAAGGUUGCCUACGUUCUACAAGGAAGUGGAGUUGCAGGAAUUGUUCUCCCUGAAUCACAAGAGAAGGUUGUUGCAAUCAAAAAGGGUGAUGCUUUGGCACUUCCUUUUGGUGUAGUGACAUGGUGGUAUAACAAGGAGGAUACCGAGUUGGUAGUUCUGUUCCUGGGUGAAACAUCAAAAGCCCACAAGACUGGUGAAUUCACUGACUUUUUUCUGACUGGUGCCAAUGGAAUCUUCACUGGAUUUUCAACUGAGUUUGUGGGGAGGGCUUGGGACUUGGAAGAAAAGGAUGUGAAAGCCCUUGUUGGGAAUCAAUCAGGUAAGGGUAUUGUGAAGGUUGAAGGAAAUAUCCAGCUUCCUGAGCCUCAAGAGGAGCAUAGGAAGGGCAUGGCAUUGAACUGUGAAGAGGCUCCAUUGGAUGUUGACAUCAAGAAUGGUGGAAGGGUUGUGGUGUUGAACACCAAGAACCUUCCCUUGGUUGGUGAGGUUGGUCUGGGAGCAGACCUUGUGAGGUUGGAUGGAAACGCCAUGUGUUCUCCAGGAUUCUCUUGUGAUUCUGCAUAUCAGGUUACAUACAUUGUGAGGGGAAGUGGCCGUGCUCAGGUUGUUGGUGUGGAUGGUCGUAGGGUUUUGGAGACAACUGUGAAAGCUGGAAAUUUGUUCAUUGUACCAAGGUUUUUUGUUGUGUCCAAGAUUGCUGACUCUGAUGGCCUCGAGUGGUUCUCUAUCAUCACUACCCCCAAUCCUGUAUUUACUCACCUGGCUGGAAGUAUUGGGGCAUGGAAGGCUCUUUCACCAUCGGUUCUGCAGGCAGCUUUCAAUGUGGAUGAAGAACUUGAGAAACUCUUUCGUUCAAAGAGGAAUGCGGAUGCCAUUUUCUUCCCUCCUCCAAAUUGAAGUGGCACAAAACUAGCGUUAUGUUAUAUUUAUAUGUUUGAAACUGUUUGAAUUAGUUUUUGCUUUUUAAUGGACUAGCAUUAUGUUAUACAUAUUUUGUUCGAUUUACCUUUAUUGAAUAACGUUUUACCUUUCUUUUUUA